UCAAGGAUCAAAAUUCGACAGGAAAAAAUAACAAAGACAUACAAUGACUUAUCCAACGAGGGACAACCUUUGUCCACUUCACUUUGUCAUCGUUCCCUUCAUGGCUCAAGGCCAUAUGAUCCCAUUGAUCGACGUAGCUCGGCUCUUGGCUCAACGAGGUGUGACCGUCACCAUUAUCACAACACCUUACAACAUAGCCAAGAUCAAGAACGUCAUCACACGUGCCGUCCAUUCCGGUUCACGCAUCAACAUCGUCCAAGUGGAUUUCCCAUCAGAAAAGGUCGGUUUGGGACAAGGCCUGGAGAGUAUUAACCAGUUGGAUUCCAUGACUGAGAUGGUUAAGUUCUUCAAUGGUGCUGAAUUGCUCGAAGGGCAAGUCGAGGAGGCCAUGAAGGAGAUGAACCCGAGGCCGAGCUGCUUAAUCGGUGACGUGAGUUUGCCUUUCACUGAAAAACUCGCCAAGAAGUUCGAGAUUCCAAAGCUUGUCUUCCAUGGAUUCUCCUCCUUCUGCCUUUUGUGUGUUCAUCUCGUUCGCAAGAGCGGGAUUUUGAGCAUUAUUGAAUCUGAAGAAGAGUAUUUUCGGGUGCCUGAUUUUCCCGGUACGAUUGAGUUCACGAAACCUCAAGCCUUAGUGCUCCAAAGCGUUCAAGGAGAUUUGAAGGAGCUGACUGAAAAGCUCAUAGAAGCGGAUAACUCGGCGUACGUGGUUAUUGUGAAUACAUUUGAAGAACUAGAGCUUGAUUACGUUAGAGAGUACAAGAAGGCAAAGGGUGGUAAAGUCUGGUGUGUCGGACCUGUUUCCUUGUGCAACAAGAUAGGGUUAGACAAAGUCGAAAGAGGAGACAAGGCGGUUAUCGAUCAAGAACCUGGUUCGGUACUCUAUGUUUGCCUCGGCAGUAUCUGCAGUCUUCCUCUAGCUCAGCUCAAGGAGCUCGGUCUAGGUCUUGAGGAAUCAAAACGACCCUUCAUCUGGGUCGUAAGAGAAUGGGGGAAAUACAACGAGCUAAACGAGUGGAUUUCGGAAAGCGGGUUCGAAGAAAGAAUCAAAGAAAGAGGGCUCGUGAUCAGAGGGUGGGCCCCCCAAGUGCUCGUCCUUUCGCACGGCUCGGUCGGAGGGUUCUUGACGCACUGUGGAUGGAACUCGACCCUAGAAGGGAUCACCGCGGGGAUUCCACUGCUUACAUGGCCUCUAUUUUCCGACUAAUUUUGCAAUGAGAAACUGAUAAUGCAAGUACUAAAGGCCGGGUUGAAGAUCGGAGUGGAGAAGCCUAUGAGAUGGGGGAAAGAAGAGGAGAUAGGAGUGAUGGUGGACAGAGAAAAUGUAAGAAAGGCGGUGGAUAACCUAAUGGGAGAUAAUGAAGAAGAAGAAGCUAAAGAGCUUGGAGAAUUAGCAAACAAGGCUUUGGAAGAAGGUGGUUCUUCGCAUUCCAACAUCACAUUGCUCAUUGAAAACAUCAUGGAGCAAGCACAAUCCAAAAAUUGAUAAAUAAAGGAGUUUAAUAUUAGCGUGGAUAACUGAACGGUACAAAUAUUAUUAAUUGAUGACAAUGAUGUGUUCUAAAAUAGAGUUUCAUUAAUAUAGUUGUUUGAAUAAACGUAAUGGGUUUUGUUGAAUCAUUUUCACUAAAAUAUUUUGUUGUGAACUAGGGUUUCCUUAUAUGGA